AGCCCAUGUCCGCCCGAGCUCUGGCAGAAGCUAUCUAGACCGACCGUUGAGGGGAAGGCUGAAGCAAGUGUAAGAGAGAUGGAGAUGCGGAGACACGAUGGAGUCAAAACGGGCUUCCCGAUUGGGCAAGCAGCUGACUGAAGAAUUCCGCGCCGAAAAGUCAAACUCCGCAACCAAUUCCCCUCUUCUCUGCCCAUUGCUCGCCCUCGACUUGAAACUGAGCCUGCAUACUACGUCGCUUUGUACCUGUGCUCGAACUGAAUUCUCCGAUCCGGCUUUCUUAUUCCUUUGACAAAGUUUGACAGCGCAUGGUGCGGGGAAACCACGCCAAAACUUCCUCCCAUCUUGAUUUCGGCAUACCGAUUGAAGCACCUCCCAGUUCACAAUGCCUCUCGACACAUCCACAACAUAUCCCCUCACCAAGCUUCGCCUUGAUGGCCGUCGCUGGAAUGAGCUUCGACUGCUCCAGGCCCAGAUCUCCACGAACCCCGCCAGUUCGGGCUCAUCCUACUUGGCCAUGGGCAACACCGCGAUCCUGUGCUCCGUUCACGGUCCCGCAGAGGGGCGUCGCGGUGAUGCCACAGGUGGUGCUGCUGGAUCAGCAGGUGCGGUAGUAGAGGUGGAUGUCAAUGUUGCAGGAUUUGCUGGAGUGGACCGCAAGCGCAGAGCCGGCGGAAGUGACAAACAAUCUUCGCGCGUCGCAACGAUACUACGCUCUGCUUUUCAGUCGCAUCUUCAUACCCACCUCUACCCUCACAGUACGAUUAGCAUCCACGUCUCGGUUUUGUCGUCAGACGGUUCGCUCCUCGCCGCGGCGGUCAAUGCCUGUACGCUGGCGCUUGUGGAUGCCGGUAUUCCCAUGCCAGGACUCCUCUGUGGGUGCACGUCGGGAAUGAGCGGCAGUGCGUCUACGCCGCGGGAUCCGAAUAAUGACACAUUGGAUCCGCUGCUGGACUUGUCUCUGCCGGAGGAGCAAGAGCUUCCGUUCCUUACGGUGGGAACGACGACGGCUGUACCGGUGGGAGAGGCAGCUAUGAUUAACGAGGAUGAGGACGAGAUGAAGGUAGCAAUGCUGACGAUGGACUCCAAGGUGCAUUGCACAUAUGUUGAGACAAUGCUGGCGGUGGGAAUUGACGGAUGCAAGCAGAUCCGGGAGAUUUUGGAAGGGGUGAUCAAGAAGUCGGCACGCCGGUGAUGACUUGGUUUUGAAUUCUGUUUCUUUAUAUCUGCUAUCUGGGAUCUUCUACAGGGCAGCGCGAUAGGGCGAGUUCUGUUUAUACCCAGUGAUUGCCAUGAGGUGUUGGGCGCGGCGGGAUGGAUCCUUUCAAUGUGAUAUUUGAAUAUUCCAGCGAAUACAGCCAAGUUGCUAAUCA